GUGCGUGCGUUUAUGUUGCCAACAGGAGCAGCAGCGGCAGAGGCAGCAGCAGCAGAUUUAGGAGUAGAAACAGCAACAACAAAAACAAUAACAUCAUCAGCAGCAUCAGCGACGUAGGAGCAGCAUAAAAAUGGAACAGCCGAGCAUACUCGUUAAAAUCCUGCAUUCGAUACCGCAUGUGAAUUACACAUUUCGUCGGGUUAAUGACACCUUCAAUCUGGAUAGUGAUGUUUACUUAGAGAGCUUGGGUAUACUCGCCUCCAUACCAGCCGGCCUGCUGAUACUCUCACUUUUCGGCCUGCUACUAUAUCUGUUGACCCGAUGCUGCGAUCGAAAACAGCGUAAGCCGAGCGCCCAGCGCUGCCAGAGCUGCUCUCUGGUCAUCAUAACGUUAAUGACCUGUGCGGCCAUCGGUCUAGGCUUAUACGGCAACGAUGAUUUCCACAACGGUCUGUUGCAGGCAUUCAGUUCUGGCAAGCAGGUGGAGGGCUUAGUUCUCAGUUUAAAAAGACAGACUGAAUCCAUAAAACAUGAUCUCGAAACGAAAAUGGCCUCACAUAAUCUGGAGAAGCAGGUGGACAAGCCGCAAUACAAUCAAACGGCGGUCCUGCUGAUCACGGAGACGUGUGCUUUGGUGCGGGAGAAUACCUCACGCGCCGUCACAUCGCUGGACAACAUGGUGGUGUACUUCAUGAAGACCAAGGGCAGUGAGAGUGACACAUCCCUGAUGGGUCUCUUGCACUUGGGGGAAUUUUACGAGUCCAUACGCUGGCCGGUUACGCUCGGAUUUCUCACCGUACUGCUGAUACUCUGCACGGUGCUGGUUAUUGGAGUGGCUCGCCGGUCGCGCUGCACGCUGAUAUUCUUUAGCGUAUCGGGACUAUUCUGCAUCAUUAUCUGCUGGCUGCUGGCGGGCAUUUAUUUGGCAUUCAGCGUGGCCGCUGGCGACUUCUGUAUGCGUCCGCACGAGUAUAUGUGUAGGCAGGUGGGAAUGCGUAGUCCAUAUGUCUACUUCCUGAAUUGCGGCACAUUGAGAAAUCGUUUCAUUCUGCGCCUCAACGAAUCCCGGGAUCUUGUGGAACGCGCACGGGAAAGCGUCUUUCUUCUACAACGCAUGACUCAGGACACGUAUCCACGGAUUGACGUGCAUCGCACAUUGGAGGCAAUGAACAAUGAUCUGGAGGAGACGAAGCGUAAUCUGACUGUCCUCUCCGCCACCCUGGACAGACGUGCGAUCGAUCGACACUAUGCAGAUGCCCUGCGCGGCUUAUGUGGCGGGGGCCUGCUCGGCCUCAGUCUUAUGAUGGUGGCGGGGCUGUUAACUUCAUUUUUGCUCACUAUACUCGUCUAUGCGGACUCGCAUGCGUGGAUAUAUUUGACCAAACGGCCGACAGUGGAUGCCGAUAAAUCGGAAACAGCGCCUCUAUUUCCCGCCUCGAAUGCGCCGAGCGCAAGCAUCUCACCUACGGCCCCCAUCAACACAGGCACCAUAAAUCGAACCCUGUUGCAUCAUCAGCAGGCGCACGGUGGGCCGCUGGGUGGUGGCAGCGGCGGAGGCACCCUUAGUGGAGGUGGCGCUCUCGGGAGCGGCGGGCCCUAUCGGAAUGGGACAGCGGGCAUGAGACAAGGGUUGGCAUCACCAUCAUCACAAUCAACCAAUACAUCAUCUACUACAACUUACCACAACAACAACCACCACUACAACCACAACACACAGCAUAGAACUAAUACAGCAAACACGUCGGCGGCCGGUGGCCUGUUGUUGGGUCGCGUCAGCGGCCGGCGCUCCCCGUCACCGCCGCCCGGCUAUGAUAUGGUGCAUGGCACAAGGUCCGGUCAUCAUACGCUCGGUCGGCUGCCCUCGCACCACCAGCAAGCGUCAUCGUACUUGCCGGGACCGAACAACGGCAAAUACGCGACACUGAGCAAGCAGUGUAAGACGCUCGAGUCGAACGACUUCUACUGAGAUUCGCUUGCCUGCAGCACAUAUGCAGGCAAUAGCAACAACACACAGCAGCAGCAAAGCAGCGGCAUCGCUGCCAACGUUGGCGCCAACCCCAACGUGCACGGCAGCAGCAGCAACAUCCUGAACAGCACCACCAACAGCAACACACUGAAGAACAUAUUCGCCUCGGCAACACUGCCUAGAUCGACAGGCUCGUCCAUACGCUCGGUGCUGUCUGCCCAGACGGCCAAUGCCAUGUGCAAGUCCACCGGCAACGGGCUGGACGGCGAUCUGAGCGAUGAUCGAGAUCCGCGCGACGUCACCAACAACAGCUUCAAUCGGUUCGAUCCCAAAUACAUCAGCAUCGGGCCGAAGGCGGUGCGCGGUAAUAAUAAUCUAAACAUUGUGGCCGCCGCCACAGCCAACAAGUGUGCCACCCUGCGUCAUGUCGGUCGUUACGGUGGUUCCCUCAAGGGUGCCUCGCCAUCGCCUAACUUGCGCAGUGCCAAAACGCCUUCGAUAGCCACAGUGUCCAAGGAUUAUUGCCAGCAGCCGGAUUGCAUACCGCAGGUGUAUGCAGCCACCUCCACGGACAUGCUGGUGGCUGCAGGCAGCACCACCGUUGCCCAACCGCCGCCACCGCCGUCACAGCAGCAACAACAGGCAGUUCCGCUGCCGCCACCGCCACAGCAACAGCUGCAGCUACAGCAGCAACAUGUGGUGCAAGCACAGCCCGCGCCACCGCCACCACCCAAGCCAAAGAUAGUCAAUACGUUUACCGAAAUUCCAGGCACCACCGGCGUGGGCAGCUCCUAUGCGAAGGAGCAUCAGCAAUUGGCGUUGCAGCAGCAACAACAACAGCAACAGUUGCUCGCCUUACAACAACAGCAGCAGCAACAGUUAAUCGCGUUGCAGCAGCAGCAACAACAACAGCAACACCAUCCACCGACCACACACAUAUUGCCACCCUCGGCCGUCUACAGCAUUGAGAGCAGCGGCGUUUAUCCGCAACAACAGCAGCAGCAGCAGCAACAACAACAACCAGCGCCAACGGCAGCGCCCCGUGUGCAGCGUUCGCUGAAUCCGGCCUCGAUUGUCAAUCAGCCGCUGCCCGAUAUCCCCGUGCAAUCGCCCACAACACCCGCGCCUCAGUCAAAGAUCUCAUUGCAGCCGCUCUGCGCAGCCAAUCUAAGUCAGUAUCGUUCGCUACAGCGUCCGCAGACGCAGAAAUUGCAGCUUGCCCAACAGCAGCAGCAGCAACAACAACAACAGCAGCAGCAACAACAACCGCCAACGCUGCCGCCCAAGAAUCGUCACAAGUCAUCGCGCGAUGCCAGCAAUGCCAAUCACAUGCAGACGCUGCCACCCAAGUCUGCCAGCCUGCGCCAACAGCAAUCUGCCAGCUUUGGCUACGAACGAGAGCGCGAGCGUGAACGGGAACGGGAACGCGGCGAGCGCAGCGAACGGCCACGUCGUGCUGAAACGCUCGAUAAUGCGCGCAGCUACGCAGAGCAGCAGCAAUAUGGCGGUGGUCAGCCAGUGCUGAGCAUGAAGAAGCAGCACUCCUAUGACAGCAGUACCUACCACCAACAGCAGCAGCAGCAACAACAACAACAGCAACAGGCGGCCUUCUAUCAACAGCAACAGCUCCAGCAGCAGCGCCAGCACAACAACAAUUAUCACCAUGGCACCGCGGCCCAGCAACAGGCCUUACUUGUGGAGCAGCAGCAGCAGCUCUUCUAUCGCUCCCUGAAGCGUGGCAGCUCAGCGGCUGGUGCCGGCGCUCUGGUCAACAACGAUCUCUAUUCUGUAACGGAAUUGUAGGAGUGCGCCUGCUGCGGCGGCGGCGUUGAUGUUGUGCGACGUGCCACCACAUGUGGCACAGCAUCAACGGCGUUGCACGCAGCGGCGGCGGCAGCCAGCACACAGACACACACACACACAACACAGCAGCAGACUCAGCGAGAGACGGUGACGAGCACGGCGCCCAUUCCACUUCCACCCAAGAAGCAUCGCGCCCAAUCGCAGCCACCGCCACAAGCCUGCAAUGCGAACCUGUGCGACGAUCACGAAUACGAUGAGUACUGUCCGCAGCAAUACGAAUCUCAGGCAACAGUGGUGGCAGCCACACGCGAACAGCGACAUGCCGCCGGCAGCUCUGGUGGCUCCAAACAGCAGCAGCAGCAACGGGCCGCCACCUUCGAUGUAGCCGAUGCGCGCGACUAUGAACUGAAACGUUUGGGCAAUCGACGGUCGCAGCAGCAAGCGGCGAGCAGCAAACGUAAUGGCGAUCAUCAUCAUCGCAGUCACGACCGUGAACGCUCACGCAGUGAUCAUCGCAUUGCCAGCUAUGCAGCUUGCGAUGACGCGGCGGCGGCUACAGCGGCUGCACUUUGUAGCAGCAGUGGCGGUGGUGGUUCCAUGAGCGUGCUGGCCAAUGGGCGCCAUCAGCAGCAGCAACAUCAGCAGCAGCAGCAGCAACAACAACAGCACCAGCGACGCGAGAAAACCUUCAAAGUAUGAUUUUUAGAGACGUCAUAAAAAUUGUCCAAUCAGCACGACGUUGGCGGCGGCGUCGGUGGUGCCGGUGGUGCCGGUGGCAAAAGCAGGCGGCGCACACAGUGACCAUCACGAAACGACGACUACGUUAACGACGGCGAGGGCGACGCUGGCUAGCGUUGCGGAUUUUUGUAAUAAUAAGAAAAUGCACACGCAGCAGUAAACAACAAAAAUGAUAAACAACAUAUAAUGCUAAACAAUUUUACUAGCAAUUACCCAAAAGUUAAGAGAAAAGUGAAAUUAAGUUAGCCAGAAUUCAAGAACGAAAGCAAAAAUCCCAUGCACAAUUGGCGUAUCCCCCUCUUUUUCACUCUAUCUCCGUCUCUAUCACUCUUUAUUCCUUUCGUAGUAGUGUGAGUUAUGCGUAGUGGAAAUAUUAAUGUAACAUGUUUUGUGAAAAGUCCACCAUACCCCAGACCGCCCACGACACUGCCAAUCAAUGCCCACAAUCGUUUUAAAAGUAUAUUUGCCAAUUGGCCAAUCGGUUGAGGAAGAAAAAUGUAAGAUUUCGAUCAGAUUUGUGCAAAUCGUAUUUCUCGAACAAUUUCAGCUCCUUUGUAUGGAGGAAUUUUCUCUCUAACAUUAGAAAGUGGAAUUGAAUUCGACGAAUUCACACCAAAUUGGUGGAAAGCGAUUUCGACAUCAAAUUUAAUCGAAUUCGAAACAAGAACAGGCCUUGUUAACUGUAUGCAGAAUUUGUUCAAUUAUGUAAGUGGAGUGAGUUGAAAUCUCCAGCGAGAUUUCGCACAUAUGUGCCUCAUGCAAAUGCACACACACACACACACGAACAGAGAGAAACACAACACGCACAUAUACAUAGACAAGCUUAUGUACACCACCACACACCUACACCGAUACCAACACCAACACCUAUGUACACCCAAACAUUUACACAAUGCGCCAAAGAGGGUGCCCGUUGCCUUGGUUCCUCUCCUGUGUUGUUAUGUUCAGAGUAAAAGGAGUAGCGCUUGCGAUUAGAUCAGAGUUUCAAUAUAUCAGAACUUUAAUUUUGGGAAGCAGGAGGCUAAAGAAUUGAUCCCAAAGGCGAUCAUAUUCCAGAACAUAUUACAAAGUUUUCUAUACAAAAAUCAUCUUGAAAUGCUAAUAUAUUGGCGAUAUCUUUACAAACAGAAAACUAUUUCAAGAGAUUGUUAUAAACUAAGUUUAGUAGUUUUUCUCUCCCAAUACAUCUCCUCUCUCAAUCCUCUCUUGACGUUUUUGUAGAGAACACUGAAGAACUGAAACUCUGGGAGAACUGUAAUACGCGCUCUCUCUUUUUUCCCCCCAAUUAAGUCAGUCGGCUGGAUGCAGCUGCAGUUUCCAUUAACAAAACUUGCUUUGUGUUGUUGCCUAUUGUUAUAAAUAUGUAAUUGUAUGAAAUCAAAUGAUUUAAAUAAUUUUUUUUUAUUCAUAAGACGUAUGUUUGUAUCUAAGUUAGUAGGGCUUGUUAAGUAAAUUGUAAGCUAUAUAUUAUUUAUUUAUGAACAUAAGCGAUCAGCCGAAUGCCUAACGACACCGAUAUUUAUUGCAUCAAAUUGUUUGUCUAGCAUAAUUCUUUUAUUAUUUAAAAAUCCGUUGCGAAACAAGCAACAACAACAACAACAGCGAAACAUAUGAGAAAUUUUUGUGACGUCAGAAAUCUAAAGGAAGCAAACAGAAACAGAAACCGAAAGCACAAGACAGAGACAGUAACUGCAAUGAAAUGCUUAAGCAUUUCACUCAAAUAUAUACAUAUAGAGAGUAAAUUCAUUUUAACAGAAACAACAAAAACAAUGCACAAGAUAUAGCGAAAGUUGUGGCAAAGUUGACAAAGAAACGAAAAGAAAUAAUAAUAAUAAUGAAACAUAAAUACAAGAGAAAGGCAAGAAGAGAACGAAUAAAGGAUAAAUAUAACAUA